CAUUAGUAUCGUAUCAUUUUUCCAUGAUGGCCGUCUGAUCCGCGUGGCUCCGAUUCUCGUGAAAACUUCUUCUUUUCAAGGCUUUAAACGUCUAGAAUUCAUCGCCAUCCCAACAGUAUGAGGACYUAAAACCAAGACAAUUUACCAACCACCAUCGAGGCCCAAAGAGCCCAAUUCAAAAUGCCCACAAAGGUUCCCAAUAGAAAGAAAAAGCCCGGUCUUCUCGGGACGACGACGAAUGGAGGUGCUGGCAGUUUCAACGAUUCCGCUAUGGACGAAUUUCUGGCCAAAAGAGGACUUUACCGUAAGCCUAUCGCCAAGGACGGCUCUUGCCUUUUUAGAGCAGUGUCUGAGCAGGUUCACAAUUGUCAAGCUAGGCAUCUAGAUGUCAGGAAUCAAUGUAUUGCCUUCAUGCGCCAAAACAGAGGCCUGUUUGAAGAGUUUGUUGAAGGACCAUUUGAUCACCAUCUUUUCAAGUUGCAAAAUCCAAAGGAAUGGGCAGGCCAAGUAGAAAUCACUGCACUCUCCCAGAUGUACAGGAAAGACUUUGUGGUAUAUCAAGACAUUAACUCGUUACCAACUAAAGUCACAGACCAUGGUUAUAAAGACAAGAUCCUUCUGUGUUACUCCAAUGGAAACCAUUACGAUAUUAUUUAUCCAAACAAGUUCCAAGAACAUGCUGCCAUGUGUCAAUCUCUUUUGUAUGAGAUGGUAUACAAUAAAGUAUUUAUUGAGCUUGACAAGAAAGAAAAGAAAGGCAAGCAGAAAGGAACAAGCACUGUCACAGAAAAUAGCCGUAAUGAUCAGAAGAGCAUAAUGGAAUUGGUGAAUGGAUGUAUGACAGAUGGGACAGAUGCCGUAGAAAAUAGUGGUGAUGAUGAUGGUUGGACUGAAGUGAAGAGUAAAGCACGAGCCAAGCAUGAAAGAUUAUCAAAGCCAGUAGAAGUUGAGGAAACCAAGGAGGCAGAGGAAACCAAAAGCAAGCCAAGUGAUGAUCAAAAGAACCUCUGGGAGCUACGCCGUUCUGUAGAUCCACAUCUUUAUAGGAACAUAUCCCUCGAGGUGUGGGAAGAGGAAAAGAAUGUGCGCCAACAGCAAGACUUGGUUGUUGCUGCCACAUUGCAGUACAAGAUCAAUGACAGAUGCAUGGUUAAGCUAGGCCCACCUAAUGCUCCAGUAGAGAAGAACUACUCUGCGAUCAUCAAGGAAGAUUAUACUGGCUUGGAAACUGUUUUGGCCAUAACUACAAGGAUCUCAGUGGAUAUUACAAAAAGGAGGAAGCAGCUAAUGGACCAGCACCUGAAGAUGGUUCAAAGGAUGAUAACAAAAACAAGAAGAAACGCCCACCAAGAGGCCGCAGAGGUCCAGGAAAAGGUGGUGAUGAUACUGGCAAUGUUUCUGAAGAUGCACCUCGUGGCAGAGGAAGACAGAGAGACAGAUACAGUAAUAGACGACGCUUCCCAAAUUCCAAAGAUGACAAGUACGUAAAAGAUGAAGAAGAGGCAAGAUUCAUGGCUGAGCAACUAAAACUUGUUGAGCUACAAGAAAAAGAUGCUAAGGCCUUCCCUGCACUUCCUGUCAGAGGUACUGCUCAAGUCUCUCCCACAUCUGCUUCUGCUGCUGUCGAUGUCACCCAGCCUCCUGAUGUGGAAAUAAAGGUUUCACAGCCAACACAACAAGUAGAGGAAAAGUCUCAAGAAAAUGACAAAGGCUCUGCAAGUAUCGAAAGCAGCCCUGCCGUAUUCUGGAGCCGACUAAAGACCAAGCCAGCAAAUGAAACAGCUAACCAAUCCAUCUCACCCGCGACUUCCCCUACCACCAGAAAACCAGAAAACCACCAACAACAAACACUUGAAGAAAGAACAAAGGAAGUUAUUUCUAACAAGGAUGAAAAUGCUUUUGACAAGAAAGAACCACAAGAGUCUACUGUGACUGAAGAUGUGGAAGCAGAGCCAGUCCAGGAAAAAGAGGUUGUAAUUGAAGAGGUCAAGCCUGCUAGUUCUAAUGUGAAGCAAGCAAAUGCUCUGGAGAUGGAGAACAAACAGUUCCAACCUGCACAACUGAAGCCAUUGCCGAUUGAUGUAAAACACAGCAAAGCUAGUGGCCAGGUCUUUGAAGUCAAGAUUCCACAACCUGCUAAGCUUAUGCAACAGUCCAAGACCUCCCCUCCUAGCAAGCUCACACAACAGCUGAAAUCUCCUCCGAGGUCUUCUGAAACAAGUGUAACAGACAAGAAUAUUGUGCCAUCUUUAGUUGAAUUACAUGACAAGAUAACAGAACCAGUAAUUAAAAAUGAGAUGAAUGAAGACAAGAAAGAAAUUAUUGUGCCUAAUGUUAAUGAAAACCUUGAAAGUACCCCUGAUCUCCGCCAUAAAGAACCACCUCUAGAGCCUCUGUCUUCCACUGUAAAACAAACCAGUGAUGUUGCUGUGGAGGAAAACAGCGUGAAGGAAGAAGAACCUGUAAAGGACUACAAAACAAAGGUAGUUGAUGCUAUUAGUACUGGUGCUACUCCUGAAAGAAAGACUGUCACAUUUGCAGAAAAGCACAAAGAAAUCCCAGCAGUUCCCUACGGCCAGUCACAGAAGGGUAUCUUGAUAGUGAAUGGAACAAAUAGGCCUAAUCAGACAGGUGAACAAGGUUAUAGAUCACCAAGUACAGAGGACUACACUGCUGUUUCUAAGGACUCAAAGCUUCCUCAAGAAGUCAUUGAAAAAGACAUCCAAACCUUCCAAUCAGCCAUUGCAAAUGAGGGUCUCCAGUCAUCUGUAUCUACUGUCCAACAGCAAAACCAGGCUCCAUUGCAGUAUAUAAUGCCAUAUGCGUUCCCACCACCACCCCAUGGGCUGCAACCUAGCGUACUUUCAGUAGAUGAAAAUGGAAAUGACUUGCCAGAAGAUAUACCUACAUUAAGAUACUUCUACAAUCUAGGUUACCGUUACCACCAGUUCCUGAUUAAUAUGACAAAUCAGAUGAAUAACCAACAGAUGUUAUACAUGUACCAAGGAACAACUAUGCAAGACCAGAUGAUGCAACCCAAUCCCCAACCAGGGGUAUCCAUGCCGCAGCAACAGAUGUAUGCAAAUAUGCAUCACCAGCAACUUGCUUAUCAAGGAAUCCAGAAUUACCAGCAAGCAUCAUUCCAAAUGCAUUCCACUAUGCCACAAACAAGUCAAGAUUCAACCCCUCAACAUGACAGAACAUCUGAACGCACUGCCCACACUAGCCACACAACACACCAGCAGCAAGCACAACAAAUGCCACAUCAACAACAGUCUGGACACUUCCAGCAACAGCCCCAACAACAGCAAUAUUUUAAUCAGUCCUGGCGCCCAAGACCACAUUUCAACAACAAGUCUCACGCAAGUCACCAUGGAAACGUUUCCCAAGCCCAAAGGUAUACAUAUCCGAAUGCUGUUGGAACGGCAAGGCAGCCCCAAUAUAAGGAUAGUAACAAGCAGAAUCGAAAGCAUGGGAUGAAAAACCGAAAUGAUUUUCUUGGAAACAUGCCUCAUGUCCAAAAUCAAAGUAUGUCACAUAACCAAGCCACGCCCAGCCAACCUACCUCUUAUUACAUUGGCGCUGACCAGAACAAGGGAGCUGGCAAUGAGUAUUAUCCAGGCAAUUUAACGUAUAAUUAUCAUCCUCAUAUGCCAUCAGGAAUGCCUCCACACUCUACUAUCUCCACUAGAGGAAACUACAAUUGACUGCACUUCUAAGUUGAAGUACUGCAAGUUCCAACUUUAAGGUCCCUUAUUUAGACCCUUAAGGACCCUUUUUGGGACAUUAAGGUGCCUUAUAGUUGAAGUACUUCAAGUUCCAACUUGUCUAUCCAUAUCAUGACCAUAUUUUUAUUUUCUUUCUUUUUUUUUUCACUACAAGAAAAACGACCCAAAGCUUAGCCUAAACACAUUCCUGUACAUUUUCCCUGAAUUUGAACUAGAUUAGUACUAAACAUUUUGUUGUCCUGACCAAAAAAAGAUUAAUUUUAUGUUUGCAUUUAAAAAAAUAUCAUUUCGACUCAUAGAAACGUUAGAAAACUAGAUGUAUAGUGACAAAUCUUAGCUUAGAAUUCCUCCUAGAUGUUAUGUUUACUGUCUACAAAAUAUAGAAUAGAAAAUCAAUGUUAUAAUCAAAACAUUUYCCCCCUCCCCCUCCCACUAAGGGUGCAUUUGUUUGAUUAUUCAAUCUUGUACCCAGAGUCAACUCAAGAAAUUUCAAAAAAAUAAUUAUUUAAAAAUUAUCAAACAAAUGUAUCCUUAGUACUUGAAUAUAUUAAUUGAAAUAUUAGAAAAUGUCUGUAGGGGAAAAGGUGUUUAAAAAAAUUACAACCGUAACUUGAACCUUCUUCAUGAAAACGUGAAUGUAAUUAAGUGUAUUGUAACCUUAAAGAUAUUUUCGUGUUCGUAUUUGUGUCAUUUAUUUCCUCCACUACACCGUUAGAAGAGUCGCGCCUUGGCUGAAAUCAAGGAAGCCAUAAUUUAGAUGUUGCUAUGAACUUCCUUAGCAACAUAUCCUGUUGCUAGGGUCUACAAGAGAUCCCUUGACAUCAAUAUUUUGUUAUCAAGGUUACCUAGCAACGCAGAAUGUUUAGAAGUUAGCCUUACAUCUAGACAUCGUUGUCAAGGUUUAUCGCAGUAAGACGUAAUGUAAUCUUAAAUACGAUUCUAUUUUCA